CCCCCACUCUUAUCUCCCCCUCGAUUCAACAAUCUUUAUCGGAACCUGCAUGAAUCCCAUGAUCUGAUUAUGCUGAUUGUGACUGCACUUGUGUGCUUACACUUUCGAUAGGACGGGUUGCAAAAAUGGAGGUUGGAAUUGCGGAUAGGGUUGGGCAAUAUUGUACAAAAACGAAUGUAGCAGAAGCCUACUGAUACUCAAUACAAUUCAAUCCCCACGCCUGGUUGUCAAUUUGGCGUAUAUUCUGACGGAUAUACCUCACAUUGCUCCAAUAUACUCCCAAAAUUGAGUGUUUCUGCUCACUAGGGCCAACAUGGCAGACCAACCUCCAAACGUCCUCAUCGAUGAAGAGAAACGCAACAUAUCCACUACCAGCUUUGAGAAGGACCAUGACACAGGGACCGCCAUCGAAAUCAUCGACAAGUCUGCCGAGCGUGCAUAUGUUCGUAAACUCGACUUCUACCUCCUGCCUUUCUUAUCCGUAAUGUACUUCUUCAAUUCCGUCGACCGCAGCAACCUCGGCAAUGCGAAGACAGAUGGUAUGGACAAGGAUCUGGGGUUCACAGGAGAGCAGUAUAGUUUGUUAAUCUUGCUAUUCUACAUACCCAACGGACUGUGUGAUUUGCCUCUGAACAUCUUGACAAAGAAGUUGAGUGGGAGAGUCAUGUUACCUAGCUUGAUGGUGGGCUGGGGCGCGAUGGCGCUAUUCCAGUGUGCUGCGAAAAGCUUUGCCGGCCUGCUGGUCAUCCGCCUGUUACUGGGUGCUUUCGAAGCUGGGUUCUUUGCAGGUGUCGUAUUCUAUCUGACACUCUUCUACACUCGCGGAGAGCUCGGCUUCCGCAUUGCGCUUUUCUUCGGCAGCGCACUGCUUGCUGGAGCAUUCAGUGGGUUGAUCUCGUUCGGUGUGUUUCAAAUCAAUCACGCCACCAUCCCGGGGUGGAAAUGGCUUUUCGUCAUCGAAGGCGCAAUGACCAUCAUCAUCGCAUUCGUUGCUUAUGCCUGGCUGCCAGCCACGCCCCAGUCUGCUUGGUUUCUGAACGAUGCCGAGCGGGCAGUCGCUGAGCGCCGCACACUGCGUGACCUGUCGUCUUCUGCAAGCCACGACUUUAACAUGAGGGAGUGCUUCAAAGAGUGGAGCAACUGGAAGAUGGUGCCCUGGUGCAUCAUAGCUUUCACGUACCCAGUGGCUUUCAGCACAACGUCCAACUUCCUACCACAGAUCGUUCAGAGAUUGGGCUACAAUGUGGUCAAGACUAAUCUCUGGACUGUUGCGCCGAACGCUGUUGGCUUCGUGGUCUUGCUCUGCGUCACGUACAGCAGCGACUAUUUCCGUGAGCGGACCUUCCACAUCGUCUUCUCGCUUUGCAUAUCGUUGGUCGGUCUCGUAAUCCUUGCAUCGAUUGACGUCCUUGCGCACAAAGGUGUGGCAUACUUCGCUUGCUUCAUGCUGGCUGCCGGCGCGUACAUUCCCAGCUGUUUGUUCCACUCAUGGCAUAACAACAAUAAUCUCAACGAGAACGCGCGGGCAGCCACGACCGGGCUUCUGGUAGGACUCGGCAACCUCGGAGGUAUUGUGUCGGCCGCGACGUUCAGGCAGGAAUAUGCACCAAAGUACAUUCCAACGCUGGCUGCAACUGCGGCUUGCAAUGUCACCUGCAUCGUGUUCACACUGUGGCUCGGCUGGUGGAUGAAGAUGGAUAAUCGCAGGAGGAACAAGCAGCAGGGUGUGAAGAUCAGAGCAGAUGAAGUUAAAACAAGUGAGCUAGGAGAUGGGGAGGAAAGCGAGAUGUGGAGAUACUUCACUUGAAGAGUGUCUGUGGUCAUUAUUCAUCACAAAUAGGAAGUGGUUGCUUCAGCUGCACCCCGCGCAGUCAUCGAAUGCAAGUUGGAUCAUGGGUUCGCCAUGCAGAGAUAGGUUGUAUGGCGCAUCUGCGUGAGCGGGCGACUGUUUCCGGAUCGAUCGCCGCUUUGGCCGCGCUAGCCAGAAUUGAACAUUAGCCUCACGUUUGGACCUCCCGUGUCUGUGCCACUCCAGCUGUCUCUCAGUUCCGCGGGUGAAAUCACCCAAUUACCAUC